CUUUGGAAUUAAACAAAAAGUGAAAAAACAACCUUACUAUAUUUUUGUCUUCUCGUUUACCUUUUCUAGAUCCUCCCAUCUCCCUCUUUGUCUUGUUAUUUUCUCCCUUUUCUCUCCCCUCUGAGUGUUGAAAAGUUUCCCUCUUCGGCUUGUUAUUUUGUCCCUUGAUACCCUCUCCCCCAUCGGAAAGUUGCCCCUGUGUGGCUGUUUCUGCCCCCAGGAUUGAAGCAUGAACACUGGGACGUUCACAGGCUCGGGCCCCCUGUCCUGGGCCGUGUACCUGAUGAGGAAGGGCCGGACGAGCGGCGCACUCUUUGACCCCGCCCCCGGCCGGCGGUACACACCCCCCUCCACCACGCUGGCCUCGGGGGGGAAGAUGGCCGAGGCGCUGCCUCUGGGCGCCGCGCAGGACAACGCCGGAGGCGGGUCUUCACUGGCGGGGAAACUACGCCUGGCUGAGCGCGGCAUGGUGGAGGUGAUCUCGGACCAUCCAGGUGAGCUGGUGAAGACGGACAGUCCUAACUUCCUGUGCUCCGUGCUGCCGACACACUGGAGGUGCAACAAGACGCUGCCCAUCGCCUUCAAGGUGGUUGCCCUGGGUGACACACCUGAAGGCACCUUGGUAACGGUGAUGGCGGGAAACGAUGAGAACUACUCAGCCGAGCUUCGCAACGCCACAGCCGCCAUCAAGAACCAAGUGGCCAGAUUCAACGAUCUGCGCUUUGUCGGCCGCAGCGGACGAGGGAAGAGUUUCACUCUUACCAUCACCGUAUUCACCAACCCUCCUCAGGUGGCCACAUACCAGAGAGCCAUUAAAAUCACAGUGGACGGUCCGAGAGAGCCACGACGUCACCGUCAGAAGAUGGACGAAGUCAAACCUGGCUCCCUGGCUUUCUCCGAGCGGCUAACAGAGCUGGAACAGCUGAGACGGGGCUCGAUGAGGGUGACGCCCCCUCACCACCAUCACCAUCAACACUCGGCCAACACUCGCCAAUCUGCAGCACUGAACUCCGCCCCCUUCUCCAGCCCGACACACGCUCAGAUAACUGCCGACUCCAGACAGAUGCAGUCAUCUCCGUCCUGGUCCUACGACCAAUCGUAUCCCUACCUUGGCCAGAUAACCACGCCCACCGUCCACACAGCCAAUCCCCUCUCGCCUGGUCGAUCCUCGCUCAGUGACCUGUCUUCACGACUCUCAGGUCCUGAGCUCACAGCAUUUGGCGACCCAAGGAUGACGUUAGAACGACCUUUCCCCUCCCUGCCUGACUCGCGUUUCUCCGGCCACGCCCCUCUUUUCACCUCACAGCUUUUACACUUCCACCCUCCCUCCACAUGCCACCCAUACCACACUUACCUCCAUUCCAUAACACUUCACACCCCAGAAGAUAAUUCCAGUCCAGCCCUCCACCACCUGUACUACUCCACCGCCGCCGGCUCCUACCAGUUCUCUAUGAUGGCUGGGGGGGCCAGCGGCGACUCACGCUCCCCGCCAAGGAUCUUGCCACCCUGCACCAACGCCUCCACAGGCUCCGCUCUCCUGCACCCCUCGCUGCCCAAUCAGAACGAAGUAGUCGGUGUGGAGGUGGAGUCCAGCCACAGCAGCUCACCAACCAACAUGGCCGCAGCUGAAGCUGUCUGGAGACCGUACUGAACCCCUAACCCUGCAGAUCGUACUGAACCCCUAACCCUGCAGACUGUACUGAACCACUAACCCUGCAGACCGUACGGAACCCCUAACCUUGGAGACCAUUCUGAACCCCUAACCCUGGAGACUGUACUGAAGACCUUACCCUGGAGACCGUACUGAACCCCUAAUCCUGGAGACUGUACUGAAGACCUAAUCCUGCAGAUCAUACUGAACCCCUAACCCUGGACUGAACAUCUAACCAACUGAAACCCAACAGAAACCCGGGAGAACCUCACUGGCCCCAACCUCAACGAUCCAACAUGGCGCUCUAUGUAUAUUGUUUCUUAUUAAUAAAAUGGUUGAGUGAUUUCCCCAAAAAGCUGAUGGAAGAUAUAUCAGGUACAGUCAGUGUUGGUUUAUGUGUGCACAUGGGACUUAUAUAUAAGAAAAAUAUUGAAUAUUUACAGAUUUAUCCUUCAAGAGAGAGUCUGGGUGUGUUUCAUACACACCGGUUGUUGCAUGUGAGACAAAAGAUUGUCCUAUGUUUGACCUGAGAGAAACCCUCCGGCAGUCCAGUUGGUAUGGUCUCACCCUAUCCCGGCUCAUAGUCAGCUUUUCUCAGCUUCAUUUCACUGUAAAGACCGCUAAACUUAACUGUCAUGUGACCGGCCGGCAGUCGCUUAAUUUUGUAGGAUAUCAUACAAAUUGUUGUAUCAUGGGAAUGCGGUUACAGUGAGAAGGGAGGAAAUGUCGGGACACAUGCUACUAUCAGUUAGCAGUGAUGUUAAUUGUCACCUAUCGAUGCAGUUCCCUAGGUGUUCCUUGGGUAAACUGCAUCUCAGGAAGUCUGCUGACUCAUUAUUUUUUUAUAUAUGUGCACUGAUAUUUGGGAAAACUUUACGUCAUCACUUGACCAGGACAAGUGAGUCAUCCUGAUAAAAAGCCGUGACUGGACCUAACAGAGGAGCUUCUACUGAAUGGAAGCACUCCGUACGGACAAACGGAGGUUUUACAGACCGAUAAAUGGAGGUUUUACGAACCGGUAAACGGAGGUUGUACACUGACAAAGCGCAUGCAGCAGCACUGGACUGAUCUAGAGUCAGCUUCCUUUGUAAAAUAACAUGAAUAUUGUUGAUGUUAAUGUAGUGUACAGAUGAUUAUGACGGCCUGUUUGUGUUUAUCUGUCCAUCUUUCCAUGGUUUAUUUUAACUCUUGGGUGAUAUUUUUUACUAAACUCAGCCCAAAACAAAGAUACACGAUGACUUCAUUCACUUUGGGCCCAAAUCAAACAAAAAUGGUGACAUAAUAAACCAAAAAUUCAGUCGAUUUAUUCCUUAUUUAUUACAGACAGUCUGAACUAGACUGUCCACAGCGACAAACCAUUACAGCAUGGAGUUUUAUAAAAUGCUUUAAUUUAUUCCUACAAUACCAUUUGUUGGUAGCAUUUUAAGUAUGUGUGUUGAUCUGUACUGUAUAUAACCAUAAAUUAUACCUGCAUAUGGUCAUGUUUUCAUCCUCUCUCUCUCGUUGUCUCUCUCACACAAUAAUUUAGUUUUCAUGUUGUUGAUGUUCCACAUCUGGUUUUGAUGAAUAUAAACCUUCUUACAAAGAAAAUA